AUGCUGUUGUUGAUUCUAGUCACGGCUGGGACGUUGCAGCUCUUCCCGCUUGCCAGAGCUCAGCCCCUGUGCCGGUGGGGCCGCCCUCCCGGGCUUGGGGACCUCCUGUAUUUUUCAUCUAUGAAACCACAGUUGAUAAAACAUCCUUGCAAUAAAAACAUAGCCCUGUAUCUAGGGCAACAACUUUUUUUCACGAGAAAUAACUUUGAGAGUAGUCUCCACCCGUUUUCCAUCCCUAUAUCAAUGCAGGUUGGCAUACCAGAAGUAACAUCAGCACAUUUUGCUGGUUCAGUAUUGCUGUUAGUAGUGAAUAAAAAAGUCUAUACUUAUGAUUAUGAAGACAAUUCCUGGGAGACAUCUAGAGGCAUAGAACACCCUGUUUCACAUGUUUCUGGUGAGAAUUGUUGCUAUAAUGGUCAUCCCUUUUGCUUGGAUAUAAGUAGUUCCAUUUUUGCUUAUUUGCGUGGAGAUCAGAUAUCUCAGACCAACAUAUAUCUCUCAGAUUCCUGGGGAUACAGAUUUCAGAAGUAUGUCUAUGAAAAUCAGGCAGAACUGGUUGGGUCUUUGGGUGGGAUCUUCUACCUUCACUCCUUGUCACAGGUUGGGCUGCUCCUCACUGAUCAAGGGAAGGCCAAGUUUGGGUACUCGGACCACCCCCUGAACCACAAUUUUGGGCUUCCUUUUGACUACAAUGGGACCCUGGACAUCCUCACCAUCCCAGGCCAGAAAGGCCUUCUGAUCUUCUGGUUUGAAAAGAGCCUCUUAGUUUCCCGAAAUGCAGGUCAGCUCGUCGGCCCUGUCCACGUGCAAGAAGGGCAGAAAGCCUUGUAUUCUUCCAUUUUUGAAGCCAGUGUCACCAUCCACAAUGUGGCUGCCAAUGAAAAUGAACUGGCAGUCUUAACUCAGGAGAAUAACUUGUAUUAUGGCAGCUUGGGAAUCCUGAAAAUCUUCCUGAUCAAAAUUGCACACCAAAACGGCUGGUCCCAAGAGGCAGCCCUCAUGUUCACUGACCUGGGGAUGCUUGAAAUCCUGACCCCACUUCCCGAUCCCGCUUUUCCAGCUUUUGAUUUCCAGAAGUGUCCCUUGAAUAUCCAGGCAAUUCUCACGGACCCCCAGCUCCAACUUGAUGCCUGCAAAGUAGAACUUCUGCAAGGAGAAUUUGAAAACAAAAUGUUUAUCAUCGAUAUGAACAGCAAAUUGGAGUUGACCGCCCUGAUGAUACCCAGGCCGGGCACGUCACCGAUCCCACUCGCAGUGGUGAGCAAUCCCCACUCUUUGGGGCUGCAUACCAUCAUCUACGAGGACGGCUACACCUAUGAAGGGAACAGCAAGCACAGGCUGAACAUCUCCCUGAUGCAGCAGCACCACCAGGGCAGGGCCAACCCCAACUUCACCUCCAGCAUAAAGAGACCCACAAUCUCCACCGUCACUCUGGACAUAGCCAACAAGGAAAUUUCAUGUGUGGACCUCAAGCCACUGACGGCGCUCAUUUCAAUUGGUUGUGACCUGACGAAAAAGAUUGUCAUUCAGAACAAAAUCUCAGCCUGUUACAAAGGUGUCCUCGACCCAGUGGCCCUUCAGGACAAUUACUCCUACGUCAUUGAGAAGGAAGCCUACGACCCCAACUUCCAGGGGCAAAUGGCCAGCGAGGACCUGCGGGUGCACUACCCUUAUGAAGAGUUGGGCUGUCCCCUCCUUCUCUACUACGACACCCCGUGGAAGCCUGUGGUGGAACUGUGGCGGGAAGAGAAGUUCCAGGAGGUCGUGGAGGCGGAGUACGUCUUGCUGGAGGUGAACGGGCUGUUCACAUACACCUACUCCCUGACGGCUGCCGCCGCGCUCUGCAGGUCCCAGCCGCAGAACUGGACCACCAUCAUGGAGAAAACCAGCAACAAGUGGCCCUUCACCUGGGACCGGGAGAACUAUGUGAGCUGCCACGAAUCCAACAGUGAUGCUCCGCUGAAUUGGCCAGAGGUCCCAUAUCAGAUCUUGGGAGGCAGAACCGCAAACAAGGUCAUUUUCAACCAAAGGAAUGGAAUCUAUGUCUUCCUCAUCUCUGUCGUGGAUCCGUACUACAGCUACUGUCACCUGAAGACCACCUUCAGCGUCUACGUGUACGGGGCCUUCCCACUGUCCACCAUCCCAAAAGAGAUCACCAUCGUCCUGCUCCUCCUGACCAUCCUGUUCUCCGUGUGGCUGGCCUACAUAACGCCCAAACUACUACACACGGAGCAGGGUCACAGGCUCAAAGGCUUCUGGGUCAGUCUGUGCAGAAGAUGUAGAACACCACCAGCUGCCAUCAUCUCCAUCCAGCACCUGCCCCUGUCCGCCUGA